GAGAGAGGAAGGAGUAACAGCAACAAACUUUGUAAGAAAGCUAGCAGAAAAUCAAAAAUAAUGGAGACUUCACACUGGGCCAACGUCUUGGUCAACCCAUAUACAAAAAGUCCAGCUGCCCAGUAUGAGGGGGGAAAAAGCGACCAGGUCGUUUCGGCAAAGCAAGACAAAUUCACAGGAAGACCGGAGAGAUAACCGAUACUACGAGGAUGAGAAUGAAUCGGAAUGUGAUUCUUACACUGAAGAAAAUGAGAGCUCCUUUUUGUUAAAGGACUGCAGAGUACCUGGUACUCAGCUAGACUUCACUAAUGAAGAGUAUUACAGGAAGCUAGAGGAGCUGAAGAAUGCUCACCUGGACACAAUGGCCCAGCUUGAAAGGAUGUAUCAAAAUAAGCUGAAACUAAAAGGAGUAGUGGUUCCUGAGAAGACAGAAUUACACUGCAGAUCCCAAUGGAAGAAGACUCCAAACACACCAACGGCCUUUUCAGCAAACUAUAAUGCUUGCUCUAAUUUGUCAGAUGCAUCAGAUGAAUUUGUGGUAGAUAAUGAGACAGAGAAUCAGGUAACAGGAAUUGUUUUGUCUCCAAGGGAACACAUAAAAAGUAUGUGGGAUGGGUUUUCCAUAGGGGACUAUAACUCCAGUGAGACAUGUCAGUUGCUACGUUCACCAAGAAUCCAGAAGACUAAAAGAAAAGUAAAAGACUGGAGCCCAAAGAUCACAGUACCUGAGCCCUUCCACAUGACUGUUCGAGAAGCAGAGAAAAAAAAGAAAAACUUCAAGUCCAGAUCGGAUAUAGAAAUGGAGACCUGCCUGCUGAAGAAGCAGCUGGAGGAGCUGAUGGAAUCUCAGAAGUUUAGAGCCAACCCAGUGCCUGCCCAUGUAUACCUCCCACUUUAUGAGGAAACUGUUGAAAGGAAUGAGGAGAGGAGGCAGUCUGUGAAAGAGAGGACCAAGGUGCUUGUGUUGGCUUCUCAGAAACCUUUCAGCUUCAUCGAGAGGGAGGAAAAAAGGAAAGAAAGAAAAAAAGCUCACGUCAAGGAUCUUGCACCAAAAAGGAAAAAGACCACCUUUAAAGCAAAACCUGUGCCUAAAUACCUUAACGACCCGACAAUCCGUGAUCGACUCAAGGAAGAAGAACUUUAUUGCAAGAUUAAGAUGCAGAUGAGGUCACAAGAACUACUGUACAGUUCCUCCUUGCCUAGAAGCAUGCUGACCUGCAGUGCCUCUGGAAAAAGGAAAGAACAUUCAACAGUCAAUGACAAAGAGACAGAUUCACAUCCAAGGAUCAACACUGAAAUUCCCGACUUUGAGGCAAAGUAUAGAAGGUUUCACAAGCGACUAUUGAAAAAGAGGGAUACCAAACCGAUGACGAUUUGUGAACCCUUCGCCCACCGAACUGUACAGAUCCCGACUCACAGGAACAAAAUCCUGGCAGACAUAAAAUCAGAUGAAAGCAGGCUUAUGGAGAGCUUACUUACUUCACCUGACAGCAAGUCAAAAUCUAGAUGUUUGAGUACCAGGUCUUCUCUGUCUGGAAGUCAGGAAUUGUGUCCUACUAAAAUCGUUGAAUCGGUUAAAAGACGACAAGAAGUUCAAAAUGCCAAAAAGGCAGCAUGGAAACAUUUUGCUGACACACUGAAAGAGUAUGGAUUAAGUGAAGAUUUUAUUGACAUUAAAGUUCCGACACCUCAGAAGCUUUUGAGUGAGUCUGUCAACAGAAUGUACUUAACGAAUGAGGAUCAAGAAAGUCUAAAAGUGGAUCCAGUUGAGCAAGCGGAAUCUACUGCAGACCAAGAAGAGUAUCAAGAUGAUUAUGAAGAUGUAGAUGAAAGUGAAAGUGUUGAAAAAUAUGGCAGGGAACGAGAAAUAGAAUUUGCAAAUGCAGGAGACCAAUACAGUGAAGGCAAGGAAAGCGAGCAUGAAGAUCAGGAAUCCCAUUGUGACACAUAACUUAAGCUCACAUGUGUUGUAGAAAUUGUUUGCUAUUUGUACAGCAGUUAUCAUUGCAGAAUCACAACAUUUAUAUAACAGAGAAAAGAAAAAAAAAAAAAACAUUACAAUAUUUUUAAAUCAGUGACCCACUUCUGAACAGACAGGGCAUUCAAUCUAAUAAGCAAAUAAUUUGUGUUUUUGUUUGUUUGCUUCAUGAGUUUUGAUAUUGUUCAAACAGUAAUUCUUCUAUAUUAUGGGUUUUAUUUUGGACAUCUAUCUCAUUCUAGAGGCUGUAGAUUAUUUUAUGGUAAAAUCCAACUACAGUUAGCUAAAUAACCCCUUAUCAAGCUAGUUACUCUGGAAAGAGGUACUGUGCCUUUUCAGUCAGAUGGAUAUGUGUAUGAAAUAUGUAAGGUGAGGCAAUGGCUUCAGGACACCUUGUGCCCAUAAUGAAGUAUAGUGAUGGGAGUGUAAUGGCUUUGGCUUAGUGACAAGACCAAAGAGAUGGACUUGGAACUAUAGCAGGUCAUUUUACGUAGCAGCAUUUCAAGGACUGACUCCUUGGCAGAUGGUUCACAUUUUUAAACAAAUGACUAAACCCCUAAAUCAUGUUUCUAAAUCCACUAAGGUCUUUCUAGCAAAGAAAAAGUGGAAAGACAAACUUGAGACCUUAAGGGAAGAAAGAGGGUAAGCAAUGCCCACGAGUGCCAUCCACGUGUGGAAAGACAUUUACACAAAAUAUGGUAAUCUCUAGAUGAUUAGAGUGAUUAGAAAUGAAUGUUGCACGACAAAAUAUCAUUCAAAGGUAUUUAUAUAUUACAUUAAGAGGGUAUAUGAAUACCUUUGUUGAUAAAAAAAAAAAAAAAAAUA